UUUUUGCUGUCCCACUGAAAGUAAAUUUUUAGUACGUUGACAUUUUGUUUUUUUAGAGUGCUGACACUGGUGCUCUAGCCUUUAAAUGGGAUUGAAUAUUAAAGAUGUUAUAGCUGGUUCGUUAAUUUAGGAAUUGCUCAUCAAUGGAAGCAUUCUAUCUCUUGGCCACAAUUCUCUCCAACUUCCUCAAAUCACUCACUCUUUCUCUCCUCCUCCUCUUCCGCACUCUCCUCCCUCGCCAUUGGUCUUCACGCUCCUCCUCUAACUCAUCAGAAUUUGUCUCUCUCUACGAAGGCACCGUCUGGCACGAGCGCCGUCGCCCCGUCCGCCAUUCCUUCUGGUACCCAGUUCGCUACGCGCUUUAUAACCUCGACCACGCGCCACACGCGCCUCCCGACCACCUCUCCGCCGACCAAGCUCGCCAAAUUGCCUCCACCAACGGACAAGUUUUGCUUUUGACAAUACCUCCGAGCGUGGGAUACGUACAGAACCCAUUGAGUUUGUAUUAUUGCUACGAUAUCGAAGCUGAAGCCCAGACCUCUGCCUCUACUCAGCUUUUGAAGAAGUGCAUUGCUGAGGUAACAAACACACCAUGGGGUGAAAGAGUAACAUUUGUUUUCAAUCCAAAUUCUGAUUUAGUGGCAAAGUCCUUACACGUUAGUCCCUUUAUGGAUAUGCUUGGGAAUUGGAACAUGAGAGCAAAUGCUCCUGGAGAUAAUCUGUAUGUGACAAUCUCAGUUCAACACCCCAAGCUUGGUGACUAUUUUACGGCUGUCUUGAAAGCAAAAAGAGUUCCCUCAUCCUUAGUUUCUGAUCAUGCUAUGUUCUUCUGGUUGAUGCCUCACAAGGUUGCAGUGUGGAUCUACUGGCAUGCUUUGAAGCUGUGGUGGAAAAAUGUAUCAUACAUCCAACACCCUAGGUAUACUAACCCAGCAUAUAGGGAGGAAGCUUCGAUACGUGACCACAAAAUUCAAUGCUGUCCAAUAAUUGGAUCAGACAAAGACAAACACCUGCAAUUUGAAGGAAGCGAUCAAGGGUAUUUCCUGCACAGGAGUUGCGAGAUUCGUCAGUUCACAUGGAGAAAGGCUAAGUGGCCCUGGUCUUGAAUACAGGGGGAAAGAAUCUGUGUUGUCAUUCAUAGGUAUACAGUAAAAAGCAAUAAAUUUGAAAGAAGAAAUCAUUGGUGGUUAAUAAUUAUUUCAAAGAAACCAUCACACUUCACACUCAAUUCAUGUGAUGAUUUCAACUCUUGUGAAUUGAGUUCAAUCAUACAUGGUUCAAUGGAAAAUCUUUAAGUCGUAUUUUAAAAAGUCAUUAUCAAUCGAACA